UAGUCACUGUACUUGAGCUAUACAUUCCAAUUUUAGUCUCUGCUUUUUUUCUGGCAAUCGGCGCACGAAAAUGGCAGCCUCAGAAAUGCUAUCAAAGGAGCAAUUGCUUCAUCUUUUUGAUCGCUUCGCGUUCCUCACCUCCCAACCUGAUGUCAAGAAAAGGAUUGCUGAUGCUGUCAGCGACAAGCAGGAGGCUGUCGCUGUUACCACUGCCAUCCAAGAGGAGAUAUUUUCCGAGAUGGGAAUUGAUCCAAGAUUUGGUCUUACUUGCUUGGGGAAAAUAAACAUGACCUAUGAGAGUGAUCGAGACCUGAUGAUUCGUUUUUAUGAAUUUGUUGCAAAAGAAGAAAUGGCUUGUGAAGAGGCCGAGUUUGGUCCAGACAGGUUUGCUGAAAGAUUAAAGAUGCAACAAAAUUUACAAGAGCAGCAACUGGAGAUGCUGAAGUACAUGCGCAACUUUCACAUGGAUGAUCAGUCUGCAAUACUUGAGAAGAUUCACCAGCAGUUGGAGAAGGCCAACUUUGACACUGAAGCUUCUGUGCUGACAGUGGAGCAGAUGCAGGAUGUUGUUCGACGGAGAGUAUCACCUUUGUUCCAGCCUAGAUAAUCACGGAGCUUUCGUGGAGUUUCUAGUUUUUACUUGCAUUUUAAUUCGACUGUGCCAUUAGAUGUUGAACCAUGGCCCCCCCUGUCACACCAAGAGGAAGAAGAAAUCGAGUGAAGAAUAGCAGCUGCUUGCUUUGCUGCAAUGAAAUGGUUAGGGGAAAUUUUCUGCUCUGCUGUCUAGUAUAUACUGGCUGAAACCCAGGAAGCUGAGGGCUGUAGUUUCAGUUUGUUUACUUGAAAGUAGCGUGACAUUUUACUUGAAUGAAGUAGUAGUAUUAAUUUCGUCUGUAUUUCAAAGUCUAUAUGAUGUGGUUUAAGUAGACAUUUGUUAUCUAUUUAAGUAAACAUUUGGAACAA